GCCUCUCGCGAGGCCGCCCCCCCCCCUCCCCUCCCUCCCUGCCCGCGCGUCACCGGCGGAGCGGACGGGGACAACAUGGCGGAGCGGCGGCGGCACAGGAAGCGCGUCCAGGAAGUUGGGGAGCCGUUCAAGGAGGAGAAGGCUGUUGCUAAAUAUUUGCGCUUCAACUGCCCAACAAAAUCCACCAACAUGAUGGGUCACCGAGUUGAUUAUUUUAUUGCCUCGAAAGCUGUGGAUUGCCUGCUGGAUUCUAAAUGGGCGAAGGCAAAGAAAGGAGAAGAGGCUCUGUUUACAACCCGAGAGUCUGUAGUUGAUUACUGCAACAGGCUCCUGAAAAAACAGUUCUUUCAUCGAGCGUUGAAAGUGAUGAAAAUGAAACCUGACAAGGAUACAAAGAAAGAAAAGGAAAAGGGAAAGGCUGAGAGCGGGAAGGAAGAGGAGAAAAAGAGCAAGAAGGAAAGUGGCAAAGAUGAAAAAACUAAGAAAGAGAAGGAAAAGGAAAAGAAAAAGGAUGGUGAAAAAGAGGAGUGUAAGAAGGAUGAGACCCCAGGAACACCCAAGAAAAAGGAAACUAAGAGGAAAUUUAAACUUGAGCCACAUGAAGACCAAGUUUUCUUGGAUGGAAAUGAGGUGUACGUGUGGAUCUACGACCCUGUUCACUUUAAAACGUUUGCCAUGGGACUCGUACUCGUGAUCGCCGUGAUUGCCGCCACGCUGUUCCCGCUGUGGCCCGCCGAGAUGCGCGUGGGUGUUUAUUACCUCAGCGUGGGCGCGGGCUGCUUUGUGGCCAGCAUUCUGCUCCUCGCCGUGGCUCGCUGCAUCCUUUUCCUGAUCAUCUGGCUCAUCACUGGAGGAAGGCAUCACUUCUGGUUCCUGCCAAACCUGACGGCAGACGUGGGAUUCAUUGACUCCUUCAGGCCCCUGUACACACACGAAUACAAAGGACCAAAAGCAGACUCAAAGAAAGAGGAAAAAUCAGAAUCCAAAAAGCAGCAAAAAUACGACAGCGAGGAGAAAUCAGACAGUGAGAAGAAGGAAGAGGAGGAGGGGAAAACAGAAGGCACGAGGAACUCGGGCACUGAGGGCUCGGGAGGGGAGCGACACUCAGACACUGACAGUGACAGGCGCGACGACGACAGGUCCCAGCACAGUAGUGGCAACGGAAACGACUUUGAAAUGAUCACAAAAGAGGAACUGGAACAGCAAACAGAUGAAGGGGAUUGUGAGGAGGAAGAGGAGGAAGAUACCGAAAGUAGGCCUUCCCAUGGGAAAUCAUAACUCACUGUGGUUUGGGACUAAGUAUGUGCAAAUGGUUGGAUUUUCUUUGUUGGCUGAUCACCAAAACAUAGACCAUACAGUAGCAUCUUCGUUUGCUGAAAUAUACGUGUUACCAAACAGUUUUAUAUCUAGUUCCUUCUUUUUUUUUUUUUUUUUUAACCAUUAACUUGAUUACUUGGUACUAUGUUAAUCAUUAAUAUCCAUUUACAGAAGUUUUAUCAAUCUGACAAGUUUUUUAUCGAUUGAUAGAUUGCCCAGAUUGUCCUCAAACAAUACUGAAAAACAUCGUUUUCCGGUACUUGCAUAACUGGUCAAUUAGUUUAGCUUCUCAAACUUGCUUUUGUAAACCAGGUAAAAGUUGAAUGACCAAAUCUCGGAUUAUUCCUAGUUAUACUCAUUUGAUAGUUAGGUAAGGCCCUUCUUAGCCCACAGCUUUUCUUGAUAUUUUCCUUGAUUUUGUUUUCGAGAGAUUGUGAGAACUUUCCUAAGAAAACUAGUUUUAGCAGAAGCAUUUUGCUGGCAGUAGAGGAGCUGGUAGUGCUGAAUUUGGCUGCAGUGUCUCUGUUUCUCCAGCCCACGUACCAGCAACCGAGGAAAUCCAAACUGGUUUUGCACAUCCGGUGCAGAGAGAGACGUCAUCUCCUGCAGGGGAAGGAGGCAGCACAGUUUGGAAAUAAUGGCUGUUUUCUUUCUCCUGCUCCAUCAUAAUUAAGAAAAAAAAAAUAAAAAUGUAUUCUGUACAUAAUUUACAAAUAAAGCAAACCAUUUACUUUAACUGCUACUUAUUAUUUAGAGAUUUGAUCCAGCAUUCAGUUUGUAUUAUUGAAGCCAUUUUGUGGUGUGUCUACGGGAGAAAAUGCAAGUCGAGAGGACCUCACAGAAUAUUUGUGUAUGAUCGGUAGCUGUUCCACGAGAGCUUUAGUUUUGUGCCAACAUUCCAUGUAUUUGAGUAAAUUGAUCUUUAUUAAAUGCAAGCAAACACCAGAGCUGUAUGGAUGCCUUAAUGUUAACCCUCUGUGUACCCUGGAACUGGAGCUGAAGAGCCAGGAGAGGGUUGUUCUGCUCCACGAGCUGGGGGACUCAGAGCUGAUGUGAAGUGACCGUGAAUGAUUUGUUUGUAAAUCCCUUUGGAGCAGCUGGGGGGGUUCCUCCCGUGCAUCCCUCCCUGCUGCCUGUGGGAGGACGGACUGCAGGACCUGCCUAAAGCCUGGAAGAAGUUGAGACUCCACAUCUUUCCUCUCCAUGACUUGAACUGUAGACUGAUUGUCCCCCCAGCCCGCUCAGAGAAGAUGAGGGUAAGCUUGAUGUUUUCAUAUCAGACUUUUAAGAACUUUUUUUUCCCCUUGUCCUAAAUUGCUUCCCAUCCUUCCAGCGUCGGCGUUCUGGAUGAAGAUGCUGAUUUUUCAGAUUGUGCAAAUAUCUACAUCAUCAUGGGUGCAUUGAUAAACAGUUCAUGGAUAUGGUGUAUUUGCUUCUUAAAUCUCCUGAAUAAUUACUCCAUAAGGAAGCAGAUAAAUUGGAUCACUUUUUUAUUAAUAUAGCAAAAAAAUUAAAGGACCCAUUAACUAAACAGAUUGACUCCUGG